UCGAUUAAACAUUAUUUCUUGAUUUUAUAUCUAGUAUUUUAAACAUCAAAAAGCUAACACUCUCAACUCUAUAUAUAUCCUGCACAACCAACUUCCAAUAAAUUCAACAACAAACUCAAACAUUAUUUUCUGAAGAAAACCAGAAACAAACUCAAAUAACCAGCAAUGGCUUCUCCCAUUUCUUUUUCUUCUUCGCCUUACUCCUCAACACUUUACUCAAGGAAGCUGCUACUACAUGCUAUACCUCACCUGUCAGCCGAUUCCCCAAUUCCUUCACAUGCUGCUAGAGAUUCAAAUACACACCAGAGUAAUUUCGAUACAAAUGUAGUUAUGGUUCUUUCAAUUCUUUUAUGUGCUCUAAUUUGUGCACUAGGACUUAAUUCCAUCAUACGAUGUGUUUUGAGUUGCUCAAACCGGGUUGCACAUGAUUCAGGAGACACCAUCCCAGUUCAGUCAGCUGAUACUGGAAUAAAGAAAAAAGCCCUCAAGACAUUUCCUGUAGUUACAUACUUACCUGGGUUGAAGCUACAAGGUUUAGACACUGAAUGCGUUAUUUGCAUCUCAGAGUUUGCUCAAGGAGAGCGUAUUAGAAUUCUACCCAAGUGCAACCAUGGAUUUCACAUUAAAUGCAUCGAUAAAUGGCUCAGUUCACACUCAUCAUGCCCAACUUGCAGGCAUUGUUUGAUUGAGACAUGCGAGAAAAUUAUGAAUGGGGGUAGCCAACCAAGAUCUUUAAUUCCCCAAGCGCCUGCACCACCACCAUCCAGCAGAGUGGUUCCGUCAGAACAUGAAGGUAUUAUACCGACACCAUCAACCAUUGUUCCAUCAGAACGUGAAGGUAUGAUACGGAAUGUGGCUGGUAUCUGCUAAAAUGUACCUGUAAUUGUAAUUGUAUACACAUGUUAGCUAGGUGCUUCAAAGGACCCAGGAAACACACCAUUGUACAGAAAC